CCAGCUGAUUUAUCACAAGAAAGCGAAAGCGAAAGCGAAAGCUCACGCAGCCAUUUCUCAAUGGCCGAUUCCUCCGGAGGCGUUUCAGGCAAAGGACUCGUCACUCACGUCAUCUUCGACAUGGACGGUCUUCUUCUCGACACCGAGAAGUACUAUACUGAAGUCCAGGAAAUUAUACUUGCUAGAUACAAUAUACCUUUUGAUUGGUCCCUGAAGGCAAAAAUGAUGGGAAAGAAAGCAAUAGAAGCUGCACGGGUCUUUGUUGAAGAGACUGGAAUCAGUGAUUCUCUUACUGCUGAGGACUUUCUUGUAGAAAGAGAGGCCAUGCUGCAGAAGUUGUUUCCAAAUAGCGAGCUCAUGCCAGGGGCUAGCCGCUUGAUCAGACAUCUUCAUGCAAAGGGAAUACCAAUUUGCUUGGCAACAGGUUCUCACAGGCGGCAUUUUGAAUUGAAAACACAACAACAUGGUGAACUUUUUUCAUUGAUGCAUCAUGUUGUUCUUGGUGAUGAUCCAGAAGUUAAACAGGGCAAACCAUCACCAGAUAUAUUCCUUGCUGCUGCCAAGAGAUUUGAGGGUGGCCCUGUAGAUCCACAUAAAAUUGUUGUGUUUGAAGAUGCGCCAUCUGGAGUUCAAGCAGCUAAGAAUGCUGGGAUGUCUGCGGUUAUGGUUCCAGAUCCAAGGCUGGAUAGCUCUUAUCAUGGUGCUGCAGACCAAAUUUUGAGCUCACUGCUUGAUUUCAACCCAAGUGAUUGGGGUUUGCCUCCAUUCGAACUAACUGCAACCUAAACUUGCAUAUCCAUCAAUGUUGGUAUAUUUCUGAUGAAGAUUGAGGAAGAAUUGCAAUUAUUGCCCAUUUUUAGUAACUUACCCCACACUUUGAUUCAAAUUUUGCUAGUGUCAAUGACACAUGUUUUUUUUUACCAUAUCCACUUCCCGGUAAAAACAUGACUCUGGGCACCUAUACUGUUUGAUAAGGAUCAGCUUUGAGGUAUUAGAGGGUGUAUUUUUU